AUAUUAUUAUAUGAUUUAAUUGAGACAUAUUACAUAAAGCACGAGAUAAUUAUUGAUGAUAUUAAUAUAAUAAAAGUUAAACAAGAAUAUGUGAUGAUAUUCGAGGAAGCAAUAUCUUCCUUAUUAUCUUUUAAGUGCGUCCGAAGACGGUGAAUGCUCGUGGUAAAUAAUAUGGCGCGUGUUGGUCUGCAGUCGCUGACGUCAAAGACUGAGAGGUAUGCCGAUGGUUCGAUGUAAAGAGGCUGGGCAACGAAAGUGGAUGCAACUAAAUUUCCCAAAGGACGUAAAGUAAAUUUCCCGAAGGAAAAAAGAAACGAAAUCAAUAUUUGUAUUACAGAAAUAAUAAAAAAAACAUGGAGAACGUUCUCCAUAUUACUGAAGCAGUGGCAUAAUAAAGCUUUUUUAAUUAUUUUUUGAAUGCAUAAUCUGUCUUUGAAGAAAUCUUUUUCAAAGUAAAAGGAAUGUGAAGCGAUUCAUCACUCUUUAUCUCACAAAAAUAAAAUAAAAUUUCUUUCAUAAAUAACAAAUGCGAAAAAUUUUUCUUAAGAGAAAAGAAAAUUAAAUUGAUUGUAUCGAUUUUUCACUUGAAAGAUUUUGAACUAUCUUGAAAAAUAGAGCGGACGUCUAAGAAAAUAAUGGUGAAGGAAUAAAUCAAGAUAAAUCUCAAGGAGAAUAGUGCAGCAAUCUAAGGGGUUGCGGUGUGCAGGGUUGCUGAGAGAGACAAGAAAGCCAAGAGCGGGGUCGCGAUGAGUGGCGUCCCUCCCGAUUGAGAAAUAGAGAUAUCGUCGGAGAAGCAGCGCAGCAAGUUGAUACAUACAAAGUGGGGACGUUGUGGAAAUGGGUCAAGAGUGUUUCUGAAGAAUGGCGAUGGCAGUGUUCUCGGUUUACAUUUGAUGUGCCCCGCGUCGAAUAUACCACGCGAGAAAUCGGUGCGAGUUAUAUCGAGUGCUAUCGCGGACAGAUUAGAUUUAUGCAAGAAAGAGAGGCAGUCCUCUUGGAAACGGCGAAUACAAGUUAUAUCGUUAAUGUAAUAAAAUCGAAGUAAAUGUACGGAUUAUUUGUUUCGAUGAAACUAUAACAAUCCGUCUAAUUGUAAAUAAAUUAUAUUUUUUUUUUAUUUUACAACUGACCAUUUUUAUUAAUUCAUAUGUGUGUAAAUUAUAUGUGUAAAUUAAGAAUUCACGUGAAGUGAUUUGAUUUUUAAUUCGGAGUGCUGCGGGUUAAAUCGUGUUCAUUUUCUCGUGAUUUACGAUCCAAUCAAAGAUCCGUAAAUGAUUCUGGAUGUUAAUUUCAAGAUUAACGAAUUUAAAAAAAGUGCAACGAUGUCAGGGAGCUAGCCAAUCUUCACGAUUUAACGAAAGGCAAACUCUUUGGAAAUACAACGAGAACCACAACGCAGAUAGACAAGUCCGAUGACGCGCAAGAAAUGUUUCCUUUAUUGCCGCAGGAAUGCAUCCGAUCAAAGUCGAUCCACAUGUUGAAGACUGUGGAUUGUCAUUGUGAUUGCGUCGCCACUAUUAUCAUUAUUACUGUUUCUCUCGGGGAAACAUAAUCCUCUUCUCUUUCGCCGAAAGAUCAUCAAAUUCUCAAUCAUUUUCAUGGUCUACGGGUCGCGCAGAACCGCGGAGUCAGCAACUACCACGGGAAUCACUUGGCUUCACAAUAUUACUGCCCAAGGCGAAAUGAGCAGCAGCGGUGGAUUCGGCGUCGGCGUAGGCGUCGCCGGCGGACCGUCCCUCGCAGCCGCUCAGCAGGGUCAAGGGGUGGCUGCCCUCCUGGUGAUGCUCGCCGUUCUCUGCUUCAUUUUUGCUUACUGCUGCUGGGGUGCACCCUUCUGUCGGUCCCUGUGUAGACGACAUUGUUGUUGUCGUUUGGAAGAUCCCGAACCAGAUCCGCGGUUCAGCGGCAGCGAUCAGGCCAUGGUUGCAACGCCGACGAUCAUUCUUUUGCCACAUGGCAGAAUGCUCGUCGUUGACGGUACGAUCUUCACACAGUUUCAGGCCGAUCCUACAGGUUUAGACUUAGUGGAAUUAGGCGAUAGUGUGUUGCGCGCUCAGAGAAAUCCACGAAGCGUGAAUCGCCAUCAAUUGCAAAGUAGUCAGGGUAGCAUCCUCGAAAUGGACGCCGAGACACCCAGUAAGGAUAGCUUAGGCUCUGUAGGAUGUUUUCCGCCACCUACUUAUGAGAGUAUUUAUGGCAAAGAGGAAACUGAUAUGCCUCCCUCUUAUUCUGAUAUUCUCUUGCACAGAUUCGCUAAUCUGUCGCACGAGAUCGAUAUGCGCGGUUACUGUCGCGAUAGCAAGGAGGAGAUCGAAAUGCAGAGCUUGGACAGCUGCCCACAUAUCAUCGGUAAUCCACUGAAUUCGGUACCCGGGUAUCAUCCUUAUGCCACGGUGACGAGCCUAUCCAGCUUGCAAAGCUACCCACGACGGAACGUCUCACGCAAUCCAUCCAUCAUCAGCAAUCCACUGGACAACUUCUACGUGGAUAAUGAGCUUGGUCUCUAUCGACUCAGUCGAGAAACAAUGCCGCGUGUUUCUAGUAACGAUGCAAACCUUGAAACUUUCCGCGCAUCCCAUGACGAAGUAUCGUUCCGCGUUCCGCUCGAUGAGAAUGAAAAUCACCGGCACACCAGUCGCAAUAAUUACCAGGUCGCCGGCAACGAACUUAUGAACACGAGAAAUCGCGCCCGCAGCGCUUCCAGGCUAAGCCAAGACAGCCGCAGGAAUUCGCUGAAUCGAGACGGAGACCAACAUCAGGUUUUCGUCAGAUUGCCCGACCCAGAAGAUAUCGAAAAUGCUACGCGAGAUAGCGAAAAUCAGCGAUCUCCUGGGGUGUAUCGCGAAGAUCAAGGUACCAGAAAUCCACGCCUGGAUCAUUCACAAAUGCAGGACGAAGUCAACCGCAAUGUCGUUGAUAGCGAUCCUAGGUACUUUGCGAGGAACAGACGAUUAGAAAAUGAAGACAGAAAUCGGGAUGAAGCCGAAGAAAUUGAAUUUCCCGACGAAGAAGCUGGCAACUUUGGCGCGCUCGCUGAUAUUCGUGAAAGCAGAAGCAGAACGCGCGACCGACGCGCGUCCCGUAAAAUGGCAGAUCAAAAUCGUGCUGCGGGUUUGGCGCUCCUUUUUCUGGCGUGUUUUCUCGCGCAGGCGACGCGAACAAAUUCAUUGAAUUAUGACGACUCGGUGCUUGGGGUGCCAGGAAUGUUGUGGGUGAAGGCGUUCAGGGCCCUGAAUAAACACUCGCCUACACAUCACCGGUAUAGCAGCGGCCAGAUGAUAAGUGUGCAGGAGUUGGACGAGCCGCCUUACAAGCUGUACAAGUUUACAUUUUAUAUGAAACCAAUAUGUGGAGCGGAAUCUUGUCCCAGGGAGGCCUGUACGAUCGAUUUGAAACAAAAGGGCGAUAUAGGAGACGACAAUAUAGAGGCACUGAAAGAUUCUAUUCAGUGCAUGUACUUUUAUACGGCCGAAGCGCAGAAUGAUACGUCGCAGGAACAGCAAAGUUAUCAAGAUCAGGAAGACUCUCAGAUCACUCGGGAGAGCUUGUUGGAUCACGCAGGAGAGAUUUUUGUUCAUCAGACUGAACAGGUGAACAAUAAUCGAAGCGUCGAAUUGGAUCAUGAGAUUGAAGAGGCUGGAGAUGAGAAUGUCAGACCAUUUAUUGCUAUGCGCGCUUCCAGCAACAACUACUGUCCAGGUUGUCCAUACGAGUUGAAUCCAAAUUUGCCGAGUCUUCUAGUCUUUGCCGAUCAAGCAUUGAGAUCGAUAGACGAGCAGACCACAAACGAUUAUAAACACAAACUGAUGAGCAUCGUGAAAGUUACCCGCUCGGUACCGGUCUCGUCCAAUAUGAUACAGUAUCAACUGUUGUUAUUGAUAGGCGAGUCAGAGUGUCUAAAAAAUGCUUUGGAACAGGAGCAAGAAUGCCUGCUGCGAACGACCAAUUCGAUCAAGCUGUGCCUGGUUACGUUUGAGCAACGACCGUGGCAACUGACAUCUUCUAAGAUCAUCAGGAAUAAUUGCACGGACGCGGAAGAUUCUCGCGUCAACAUUAGCAAUCAAUCUCAGCAGCCAGAUUUGGAGAGUCAGUCUCUAGUUACAGUCAAAUAUAAUGAAGGGCAAUCAUCCAAUACCGAGGUAGUUGACGCCUACGAAGGCUUGAAAAAUAUUCUCGACAAUUAUACCUACGCAUUUUCGACGCCCUCGAAGCAAUCUGAGGAAGCUGCCGUGACAGAAUCUAUGAACAUAAAGGUAGUGCUGAACAGAAGUCAGGAUGACGAGAAAAUUGUUGGUUUUACUGACAAGGCAAAGGAAUUCGGAGAAUUCUUGGAGCAUUUUGAUCUGCCCGUCAAAGCGGAAAAUGCACCCGAUAUACAGGAGGCUGUGAAAGAGGAGAAGUUUCAACGAAAGAAGGUUUCUACGGAGGAUUUAAAUAUCGAGAAUGAUAAAACAGAUGUCGUUAAUAGAAAGAAACGAACGAUAAUGAAAAGAGGGAUACCCGGUGCACCCAUGGCAAUAUCUACAAAUGAUUCUGAAAUUCAAAAUUACGUCGAUAAAGCGCUGCUCAAAAUUUCUGAGGAAUCAGAUAGUCCGAAUGAGCCAUUUAUAGUGGAAAUCAGCGAGGCAAGUGUUCAGGUAGUCGCCGGUAGCCUUUAUAAAAUCAAGGUCAAACUGAGCACUAGUAAUUGUCCGAAGGGCACCAAAGAUAACUGCCAGUUGCAAACUGGAAGCGAAGUGAAAGAGUGUCUGAUAUCGGUGUGGUCGCGACCGUGGAUCGAUCAAGGUUCACCCGAAAUAACAAUCACAUGUCCUCCGUUACCGACAAACAGAAAGAAGCGAUCUCUGCGUGGCGUUAAUUACAAUCAAAAGAUGCUACAGAUUGCUGAGGAUGUAAGAACCGAGCAGUUGUUUAACAAGUUCGUAGCAAACUAUAAUCGAACAUACUCCACGCCGGAGGAGAGGAAUUUACGGUUUGAAAUAUUCCGGGAGAAUCUCCGUAUUAUACAGCUGUUGCGACAAACCGAGCAAGGAACCGCUUUUUAUGACAUCAAUAUGUUUGCUGACGUAUCACGCGAAGAGUUUCGGUCGCGUUAUCUUGGUUUGCGACCGGAUCUGCAAUCAGAAAACGAUAUUCCUCUGCGUAAAGCCGAGAUCCCGGACAUUGAGCUGCCACCCAAAUUCGAUUGGCGAGAGAAAGGCGCCGUGACUCCAGUGAAGGAUCAGGGCAUGUGUGGCUCUUGUUGGGCCUUCUCGGUUACAGGUAACAUCGAAGGCCAGUAUGCGGUCAAGCACGGCCAACUCCUGUCGUUUUCCGAACAGGAACUUGUUGACUGCGAUGACCUAGAUGAAGGUUGUAAUGGCGGUUUACCAGACAACGCGUAUAGGUCCAUCGAGAAACUGGGCGGUCUCGAGUUGGAAUCGGACUAUCCCUAUGAGGCAGAGAAUGAAAAGUGUCACUUUAAGAAAAGUUUGGCCAGGGUACAACUGGCUUCCGCUGUCAACGUCACGUCGGAUGAGACGCAAAUGGCGCAGUGGUUGGUACAAAAUGGUCCGAUUUCUAUCGGUAUCAAUGCCAAUGCCAUGCAGUUUUAUGUCGGCGGCGUGUCGCAUCCUUUUAAAUUCCUCUGCAAUCCGAAGAACUUGGACCAUGGCGUGCUUAUUGUAGGAUAUGGCACAAGUGAAUAUCCACUUUUCCAUAAAAAACUACCGUAUUGGAUUAUCAAAAACAGCUGGGGAAAACGUUGGGGCGAACAAGGAUAUUAUAGAGUUUAUCGCGGAGAUGGCACUUGUGGGCUUAAUACGAUGGCUACAAGCGCCGUGGUUGUUUAAUACUGAAAUUGAUUACAAAAUAAGUUUCUCAUGACAAUUAACUUAUUUAUAUAUAUAUAUAUAUAUAUAUAUAUAUAUAUAUAUAUAUAUAUAUUGUAUAUUCAUUCUAAACGAAGUUACACAUUAGACACACACACACACACACACACAUAUAUAUAUAUAUAUCUUUUUUUACUAACUUUGAAUGUCGAAUUCGGAUACAUUCACCUGCCAAAUAUUUGACAAGUGCGACUUUAUCUUCACACUAUCCAUAAUAUAUAUAUAUUAUAUCCACAUUAAAUAUAAUUCAGCUUAAUUUUUCAAAUAUUUGACAAGUGUAUGAAUCUUCUAGAGUCAUUUAAUAUAUGCCUAAGAAUUUAAUCGGAGCAGAAUUUAAUUUCUUCUAUUUACAUUAAAAUGGAAACGAUACAGUCGUUGACGACAAUCCUAUUUAUUUGUUGAAAAGUUCGAGAUUAUAUAGUAAUUCUGCAAAUCUUUUGCAAAAUAAAACAGAUAAUAUAUAAAUAAUUAAAGUAUGUUAUUAAGUAUGUAACAAUGUUGAAGCGUUAGAACAAUUGAAAAUAUUAAAUGUUAAAUAGAACUUUGCUAAGUACAUUUUAAAAGAUAAAAAUUAGUAAAACCUUGAUACAUAUAUUGUGCAAUCUUUUAGUUAGAGACAGCUAACAUUUUUUUAAAGGUUUUAUAACAAGUUCCAGCUUUGCAUAAAUCCUGGAAAAUAAUUUUGUACGAUUUGUUAACUCAAUCAAAAAAUAAAGUAGAGAAAAAAAUCAUUUAUAAGAAAGUAUCAAUGAAACAAGAAAACGUCUGUAGUGUCGAUUUAUUGAACGCAAUAUAAAAAAAUUAUAUGAAACUAUGUCAAUUUAAUAUAUUUGAAAUGUUUAACAUAUUCGAGUAAAUAUAUUCAAAACUAAAA